UACACUUGUAAAAAUAUGCAUAGCCCGAUAAGAAACUAGCUAGCUAGGAGUACUCUUGUGUUGUGUUUUAGCACACAAAUACACAAAAGUUAGCCAUAGCUAGUUUUUAUUUUGUUUAUCGUCAACCAUCGUCAUGCCUAGAGAACGCGAUCCUCUUGUUGUUGGUCGUGUGGUAGGGGAUGUAUUGGACCCUUUCACAAGAACUAUUGGCCUAAGAGUUAUAUAUAGAGAUAGAGAAGUUAAUAAUGGAUGUGAGCUUAGGCCUUCCCAAGUUAUUAACCAGCCAAGGGUUGAAGUUGGAGGAGAUGACCUACGUACCUUUUUCACUUUGGUUAUGGUGGACCCUGAUGCUCCAAGUCCGAGUGAUCCAAAUCUGAGAGAAUACCUUCACUGGUUGGUCACUGAUAUUCCAGCUACCACAGGUUCAAGUUUUGGGCAAGAAAUAGUGAGCUAUGAAAGUCCAAGACCAUCAAUGGGAAUACAUCGAUUUGUAUUUGUAUUAUUCAGACAAUUAGGUCGACAAACAGUGUAUGCUCCAGGAUGGCGUCAGAAUUUCAACACAAGAGAUUUUGCAGAACUUUAUAAUCUUGGUUUACCUGUUGCUGCUGUCUAUUUUAAUUGUCAAAGAGAGAGUGGCAGUGGUGGACGUAGAAGAUCUGCUGAUUGAUCAACUCCAUCUACUACAAAAAAAAAAAAAAAAAAAACAAUGCAUCCCUCCCCCUUUUUAUAUUUUUAGCUAAUAAUAACCACCAAUAUCUACUA